AAUCAGCGAAGAAUUGGGUUAUGUUUUCCAUACUUGACGAAACAGUGGACUGAUAACAAUGUUAGUUCCAACAAUAUUGCUUAUUGUAUUAACAAUAUUGUUGCUUAUUUACGUUAUAGGAAAAAAUAAUGAAAACUAUUGGAGGCGACGCGGGAUCAAAUUCCACGAUAGAAAUAAAGUGGCAGGUGUUUUUUGGGAUUUCUUGACUACUGACAAACCAUUGUUCGAAAUAGUUGGAGAUAUUUACAAACAAUAUCGCGAUGAACCGGCUAUCGGUUUUGGCGGCUUCAUGACUCCAACGCUACUAGUCAAUGAUUCAACGAACCUCCAACACGUAUUCCAAACAGAUUUUCAUUCAUUUAGUCAACGAGGGACCGAAAUCAAUAAGGACGAUCGUUUGGCUGAUAACAUUCUGUUCAUGAAUGGUAACAGAUGGAAACUAGUGAGGCAAAGUAUGACACCAAUCUUCACCAGCGCGAAACUGAAGAACAUGUUCUACAUUAUGGACAAAAGUGGAAAAGAUUUCAUUGAUUACCUGAAGAAGAAUCCAGAAAGAUUAAAGGGAAAUGCUUUCGAAUCUAUAUCAACAUUUUGCUGCGCCGCCAUCGGAGCUGCCGUUUUUGGUGUUGUCUCCGAAUCAGUUUUCGAUUCACCUUUUAUGGAUAUAUCUAGGAGAGUUUUCAGAAGUACAUUCGUAAGAAAAAUUAAAGGGUCAAUUGUCAAUUUAAGCCCGUGGUUAACCAAGAUGCUGAACAUCAAAUUGUUUUCUGAGCAUGAAGACUUUUUCAUAGGUGUCGUUAAGAAAAUGAUUCGCCAACGUGAACAGCAAGAAAUAGGUCAGAAACAUGAUUUUGUAGAUAUGUGCGUGAGUUUACAAAGGAAUGGCACUUUAAUAGAUAAGGACACGGGAUUGGAAUUGGAACCUACAGAUGAGUUGUUAGCAGCACAGGCUUUCUUUUUCUAUUUGGCUGGAAUCGACCCUAGUGCUGCGGCCAUAUUUGCCUGCUUAAUGGAAUUAGGUAGACAUCCCGAACACCUUCAAAAAGUCCACGAUGAAAUAGAUAUGACUUUUGAGAAACUUAAUGGUCAAUUGACUUACGAGUCUGUCAUGGAAAUGGAGUAUUUAGAAAAAGUCUUAUGUGAAAGCUUACGGGUAUUGCCUCCCGUCGGAUUUUUAGUGAGACAAUGUAAUCAGGAUACUGUGUUGCCUAUAGGAAAUAUUAAGAUUGAAAAAGGUACUAAAAUAUUUGCAGCAGUGUAUGAAAUUCACCACGACCCCAAAUACUUUCCGGAUCCAGAAGUGUUUGAUCCGGAGAGAUUUGCUUCGAAAUCGGCUCAAGACAAUAUUGUAUACAUGCCAUUUGGCAAAGGGAAUAGGCUAUGUAUUGGAAUGAGGUUUGCCCGUCUGCAAGUUAAAACUGGAUUGAUACAUUUUCUUCGACAUUUCACAGUGAAAACUAAGAUAGAUGGAGACAAACUCCAGUUUGCCAGGGAGAUUCAAGUUAGACCAACUAAUGUAGAAAUCGAAUUUAUACCUAGAAAAAUGAAAGAUUUGUAAAUAAACUAGUUUGGAUGAAGUUACUACUGUAUGUAAUGUAAUAACAGUGAAUUGGACGAAUCAAGCAAAUGUGGCAUCGUUAUAAAUAACGGAUAAAGUUUGUGAUAAAAAUAUGUUUGUUCUAAGAAUAGAUAGCGCAAUUGUGGUGUAAUUUUAUCAUACGAUUGUACCUGGCAACAAGCAAUUUUUGUGAAGAAUUUGAAGUAGUUUCUGUUUUUGUGAAA